GAAGCGUUAUUAUGGAUUCAUGGAAAAUAUUGAGCAAACGAUGCGUUGAAUAUGAGCAUGCAUUCAAAACGCAUUCUUCAUUAUAAACAAAAAUAAGUCGCUGACUGGAGAGUAUCGCAAAGCAUUCUGGGAAGGUGCGCCAUAUUUGUUGCUUCUGAAAGUAGAACAGAAGAAAGUAUGUCAAUAAAACUUCGAAAUAUCGAAAAAGUACGCAUUUUGGAAAUCUGACAACCCAUUUGCUUGAGGAAGUAAGUACUAUGAAGAAUGAUUUGUCGUAAAUUGACUUGUAUUUGACGCGAAAUACACCUUAAACUCUAUUUCAGUCUUAUGAAAACAACAACGAUUUCGGACGUCCAUGCAGAACAUUCAGGUGUUUGUGAAACGCGUACAACCUUACUCAAUUUCAGAUGACGUUCGAGUGUUAAAUACCGUUUUUAAUGAUUUGAGUGCAGGAAGAACUAAUACUAUCUAUGUUCGGUGUUACUAUUUAGGAAUAAAAUGUGAUUGUCACCGAAGGAAGCAGUGAAUUCAAGGCCAAGCAAGGGCAAGGACAGGCCAUUAGAAGGGCUGAAAUAAACACGCCGACCAGACACACUGCACCUUGGUGUGGACUGGUACCAAAUCAAACAGAUGACUUGACAAAGAAUAUUUUACAGAGUAAUGGAUUCUUUAUUUUCGUAUUAUUCAAAGUCAAGUUUGUACGACAAAAUGACAUCAUGAAAUAGAAAGAAGAAAAGUGAGGCAUCAACUUGUGUCAGAACACUGUUUACAUCCCCAGUUUAGUGUUACUGGAAUGUACAGGGUUUAUACUCUACAUUUAUGUUCUGUACAUGAAUGGAUAUUCUAAUCAUAGACUGACCCGUAGUCAAUAUUUGACUUCAAUCAAAAAAUGGGUCUUUGCAUGAAUGCUAUACAUGAACUUUGACAGGACGAGAUAUUGAAUUUCACUUUUCAUUUUCUGGACCAAGCAAAAUCAUCAUGCAAUCAUCAUUAUGUUAGACAAGGUUGUAAAACGUCAAUAGUUUUGUAUAUAUUUAGUGUUGGUAGAUAAACACUGCCACUGUCAAAGACAGUAAUGUUGUAGGGUCUUUUAUUGAGGAUUUGAUGUGUAAAUAAAUAGAAUUUAUUAGAGAGAUGUGAAUAUACUGCAGUUUUUUAUAGAAGUUGCAAAAGUGCCUUAUUGCUCUGAAAGAGACGAUAAAUCAUCCUACUCUGCAAUAAAUAUCAAAGCAGUGAUCCCAAUUACAAGAACGAUAAAACCUUAGCAAGUCAACUCUACUUUGCACUGUCAAGAGGACCUUUCAGACUUUCUCUGAAAGCACAGGACCUUCAGAUUUAAAAGCUCAAUACUACCUACCAUAUAGACGGGAAUUACUUGCUGGACAUUUUUGGAAGUAAAUACUGUCUGUUUAGUAUCAUCAUGGUGAGAGACCUGUGAUGGCCACACACAACGCUCCAAAGCACGACUUUGCACCAGCCUGGCUUAAGAUUCCUGCUCAGGAUAAUCCUAAGCCAUCUGGUUCCAAGCAAGCAGAUUCAGGUAGUGAUAAAAGUAGAAGACAUUCUGGAAGUUCAUCAGGGAAAUAUCGACAUCAUCCAACAGAAGAAGACUACUACCCCUACCCUCCCUAUGGACAUUAUGGCUAUUAUAAUGGCUAUGGCAUUCAAUAUGGAUCUCAGUCAUCAAUGUUUAGGUCACCUGGCCGUGACCCUAAAUAUCAGCAGCACCCAGGAAUUCGUUAUAAUCAGAUGAAUGGCGGCUAUCCUGGUUACUAUGAUCUCUACCCAUUUGACUAUUAUGGUGACCCCUACUACCCAGGAUAUCAAAACUCUAGAGCCAGUUCUAAACGAAGUCACUAUGAAAGAGAUGGGCGCUCAAAUUCAAAGGAAGGAAAAGAAGCAGAGAAAAGCAAAGGAAAAGAAACUGAGGAGAAGGAAAAGACCUCAUUUCAGGAUGAUUUUCCAUCUUUAAAUGGAGAAGAGAGCACUGAAAAGGCAGGUAACUCUACCAAAGUCACAAAUGGUGGAAGUGUUUGGGAACACCCUCCUCAUGGUAAAAUGGGAUCGUCAAAAUUUGGAGACCGAGCUACUGCUAAUAUGUACAAAGCACUUGUGCCAAAUAAGGGAAAUAUCAAAAAACCAGCAAAGGAUGGUAUUAGAUUUAAUGGAGGAUUUCCGAAGGAUCCUUUCUCUGGCACCAAGUCGCCACUGUCACCAACAAAUUCUGGUGGCCAGAACAAGGAGGGUUCCAGACAGUCUCCGACACCACCUAUAGAUAUUCUUAACACAAGGCUGGUCACACAGCCCCGUACCCUGAGUGACAAGAAGAGUGAUUUCUGGAAGGCCCUCAGAAAAGGAUCCUCCGUUGGUGGCGGACAUGAUCAAAAGGCUUUUGAAGAUGGAAAUGUGGAGAAAAUAAGCAAUGGUGUUGAGACUAUAGAUUUCAGUGAUGCUGAAAAUGGGCUACUUUCCAGCUCUUUAGAGGCAGAACAGAGGUUAUUGAAGUCGAUGGGAUGGAAUGAGGCAGAUGUGGAAGAAUAUGAAAUAACAGAGGAUGAGAAGAAAAAGUUUCAAGAGCGCUUCUCAAAACAGGUUCCUCAACAAAAGGAAGCUAGCCGUGUCUUGCACAACAAGGCUCUGAGUCCUAAACACAUCAUGUACUAUCGCCCCAAUGAACAGGAUCAGCUAAAUGACACCCUGUCGUCCUCAGACUCGGAGGAGGAAUCGAGUCACUAACAUUAGCUUCCUUCGCAUACGCAGAAAAAAUGGCAUACCAUGUCAUAACCAUUGUCUUACGCUUCACAACCUAUUAAGGAUAUUCUUCAUGUGAUCAUAAACAAGCAUCAUUUGGAGAAUGUUUGUGCAUUAUUUGGUGAUAAAAAUACAGGAUUUGUGCAACUAUAGACUGAGCACCUACUGCAUACAAACGUGCACUGGUUGCAUGGACAUGUAUACAUGUUUUGUUCAAUUUUUUUUUGUCAAGAGUUUGUUUAAAGAGAGUUUAUGUAAAACUGUUUAAAGGGAGAUAAUUGUUGAACGAGACUGUCUCGACUAGUCCAUCAUUCUCUCACAGAUUUCUAUGAAUGUAUAUUAUUGGUGCAGAAAACAUAGAGAAGGCUUCUCAUUUUAUACCAAGUAUUUUUAUAAGAAAUCAUUUUGUAGAUAUUUCUAGAAAUGAGUAAAGCUUGUACCAUGCACUUGUACACAGCUGUGACAAUGCAUAGCGAGAUAAAAGGAAAGAUUGUUAUAUUUUGAAAAUACCUAUACUAAAUGAUAGUGUAAUGGAAUGUACUGUGUAUUGGAAAGCAUGAGGCAUGUUAAACAGUAGCUGUGGUGGACAGUUCUCUCUUUUCUAUAUGUUAACAGAUUCAAGUUAAAUAUAUGCUUCACUGUCUGACUAAUGGAAUGGGAAUUCCUAACAAUGGUCAUUAUUUACAUGAUUUCAGUUCAUAUUAAGCAGUUAAAAAGGACAUGUUGAUUUGGUAUACCAAUUUGAUAUCACCCUCCCAGUCUCAUCAAUUAAUAAGUUUUAUAGUGUAUUUGUAAAAAUUUAUAACCUAUGCAAAUUUUUAGAUUCAUUUUAAGUACCCAUAAAUAGCCUUUCUGAUGGACUUGCCUCCCAAAUCUAAAUUAGAUGUUACCUGUAGACUUCAACAUGCCUAAUUGAUCAGAUGAACAAGUGGUAUUUGGUUUGAAAAUUGAUAAUUACUGAAUGUUAAAAAAAGAUCAAUCUGAAUUGACUUACAUUAAUUAAAUCAUGAUUUAUGAUGUAACAAUUGAAACUGAUAGUUAAAUAUAUAAAUUUGAGCUUGUUCGGAUAUUGUUGAUUAGUUACCCUUAGAAUUUAAAUUUAUCACAGUUUUUUUUUUUUGUUUUUUUUUUAAAAUUUAUCUGAAAUCAAGUUUUUUAUAUAAAAAUUUUUAUUUCAAUAAUUUUUUGUUAUUACCUAUAAAUGAACAGCGAAAACUUUGAUAACUAAAAGAAAAUGUGCCAAUGUCAAAUUGGUUUGUAGAAAUGACCAUUUAAUGCUAAAACACGGUUUUCAAGUAUCUUAGUAAAUGUUACAGUAGCUUAUGACUGAAAAUCACUCACAUGUGAUGUUAUUCAUAUCAUGGUUUUGUACUUUAAAGAAAUAAUGUUUUUUUUUAUAUAUUUUUGAUGGCCUGGUUUUGCUCAGUAUUACUAACUAUUGAAGAUUCAAACAUGACUUGCUAUAUGCCACUCCCAGGGAAAAGAACACUUUAGAGUUGAGGUAUUUCUUUGCACUAUAAAGUGGAAGAUUGGAGUUUUGAGGAAAUAGUUCAGCUUUCCUUGUGAUGUGAAUCACAGCAGUGUGUAAGCAAGCAAUGUUUGGAAAUGAAAUUAUCUUUUUAUACAGCUUUGUCACAGUUGCUAGUAAUUCACUUAUUAUUCUUUUAUUUGUUUGUUUUUUGUUGUCAGACAUAUAGAAACCAUGAAAUUAUGCAUUGUAUAAUUAAUUACUGUUCUUCGCAAUUAAAAUCCCUCUCCUUGAACUUCAUUAAGUUAAAUACAAUUUGAAAAUAACUUUGAAGAUAUGUUUUGAAAACCAGUAAUAUAAGUUUGAAAAAUAUUAGAAAUCAGGUAUAGUGAUAAAUUAAAAAGUUGGAAUAAUGUUUUGCAAGAACAUUAUUUAAUUAACAUUUCUUUACGAAAAGGGGGGAAAAGGUUAUAUUUAUGCGAAUUUCUCCGGUAGAUAUGAACUAGUUAUGGUGGUGAAGGUAUUCCUUCUUGUUCAAGCUGUGCCAGAAAAAAGCUCUUUGUAAAGAUGUUGUGGAAUAGCAGCUACCUACAUGUACUGAAUGCAUUUAUCACAUGUAAGUUAUUUGUUAGAGGUGUUGAUACCAUCAGUAUAUCUUCACAACGCUUGUGUUGGUCUUGUGCUCUCCCCACAUGCUUACAUUUAAUGCUUAUGAACACCUUCAUAAUGUCAAUGGAACAUAAUCAAACUGUUUUCUGUUUCCCAAACUUACCACUUUACCUGGACUAGUCAGCAAUGGCUCUUGGGUUAAAGGCUCUUGUCUGUCUCAGUUAUUUUUGUAUCUGGAUGUAGACUUACUAACGUGUUAAUGGUACCUAAUAUCUGUCUUUAUCAUCAUGAGGAGACAGGAACGCAAAUCAUGUUUCCCACAAAAGACCCAAGCAGAAUGUCGGAUGGUUUUGGUACCAUACAUAAUUAAAUAUAGACAGUGUAUAUAUUUAGAUUUUGUUUUCUCAAGACUUAAAAUUUUUGUUUUAAUGAACCAAUAUAAAAUCGGUUUAGGGUGCAAAGUUCUGUGUGGGAAAAUUGUUCAAUAUACAAUCUUUGUGUUGACUCAAUGUGGACUGCUACUGGCUAAAUUUUGAAUGUGUGAUAUUGUGUCAAAAAAUAGGUUUGGUGCAUGUAGUGCUAUUGAAUCGUUCAUCUAUUUUUGUACUGUAACACAGCCUUCACUUACACCUGGUAACUUUGUUGUUGUGAUUUCAGUUCCUUAUAUAUUUUUUUUUGUAUAUCUACAUAGGUACAACAAAUUAAGUUGGAUAUUACAGUAUUUGCAAUUUUUUUUUCUCUCAUUUUCAUUUUUUUAUAAAUUUUAAACAAUUUCAUUAACUUAAUUACAGUAGAAAUUAUCAGCAUUUAAAUGGUCUUUUAUAUUAGUCUUCAAUAACCAAAUCCUGCAGAAGUUCUGUGUGUUUAAAGGAAAUUUUAAAGUGCUUUAGGGUGAUCACUCUGUUAGCCAGCAUACCCGGUAUUUCCAUUUCUCAUGCUUCUUAAAACAAUUACUUGUAAACAUCAUUUUCUGCUUGAUACCCUGUUUUAGUUUGUAUCGUUAAUUCUAGCCAUACAUCUUCUGUGUUCAAAAAGACCAUGAAAGUAUAUUCCACAAUUUAUGGAGUACACAUAUUGUACAAGUAGUCCACCAGGAAAUGAAUCCAGAGGAAAUUUAAAGCCAUACAGGUUAUUGAAAUAUUAACAUAUAAGGAAAUGGAGUGGGUGGAUUAUGAUGUGAUUUUCGUAACCCUGAUCCAUAUUGUGAUAUUGUGAUUUUUUGUGGUCGAGAGUUAUGGUAAAAAUGCCAGCAAUCCUCUCUUUAUUCCCUUCAUUUACCGUAGUAUAGUUGGUCCAGAUUUGUGUGGGCCUACUGUCACAAAUUAUACUGGGAAAAAAAAGAUGUGAAAUAACAAACAUUGGUAACACUUGCCUUCUGUAUUUACAUUUAUUGUUACCCAUCAACAAUCACUGUUAAGAGUUUGAUGUGGGUGAAUUCAGUAUAUAAUCGUUAUUGGAGAUGGAUCUCUCCACUACAUAACUCUUGGUCUUGAUCUUAAUUGCAUUAAACCAUGUCUUUUUUUCCACUGUCAACUUUAGAACAUUAAAUAUUUAGGGACAUUCCAUACAUAAUAUACUGGUGCUAGGUGCUUGUUCACAAACAAUCAUAAUUUUGAAAAAGUAAUUCUCAAUUUACAAUUUCUUGUAUAAUCAUGCCUGAAAUAUGAAGUAUAUUUCAGGGUAAUGUGUUUGUUGAUUAUGACAUUUCAAUCCCAAGAUUUGGACAUGUGAAACUGUCUAUGGGAUGUUUGAAAAGUAACCUGAAGUGAAAUUAGGUGACAAGCUUUUUUCUGAUGUAGAUGUCUGCAUUAUAGAUAUUAUGAUAAAACAAUUUGCAUUGAUGAACUAUUACCAGGAAAUAGUGUAAACAUAUGGCAAAGUUUGUCUUUAUUGAUUUAGGUGCUUUGGUGGUAAACUUAAUUCUAUUUCAUUCUCUCUAUGUCUUCAAUCUUUCAUUGGUUGAUCUGCUCCUAUGAUUACUGACCAUUGUUUUCAUUGGCUGUUCGGUGACCACAGCUUGUUAUACACAAUUUCUUUGUUAUGAUAUAAUGGCUAAUUACAGAUUCAAUUAAAGGAAUUGAUUAACUAGCUUUGGAUUAUUUUGUAUUGUAGAUUUAAAUGGCAGCUUCAUAUCAGAUAAUAUAUAUCGUACCAAAUACCUCUGGAUGGAGGCACUAAACACUCAGAGCUACUUGAAUCAUGUUGGAGAUUUCAUGUCCAAUAACAACUACAUCCCCGUUUCCUUGGCCAGACAUUGCCUAACACUUUCCAUACUUUACCCAUAAUACUGGGAUUGAUGUCGCCUUUUUUUGUUAUUUUGUCCUCCUUUUUUUGUAACAAUAAAUAAAAGUUGUAAAUAUGGGGUCUUAAAAACACCAUUGUAGAAUUAUUUUUUUGUGCAAAAAUAAGUUCCACUUGAAGGAUACAAGGGACUACAUAUAUUUAUAUAAUGUUAAAUUUGUGCAGUUUGAAUCAUUACAUUGAAUGCUUGUCUGAUUUUGUAUUAGCGGGCACCUGUUACAUCCCAACAGAUUGUGUGGUAACCGGCCAGCAGAUAACAAUCACAUUAUUAUCAUGUUAUUCAUCUUUCAUACUUAUUUUCUUUUGAAAACAAAUUACACCAGCGCUGAGAUGAGCAGCACACCAGAGAUGGUAUAUUGUUCUGUCAUUUUGCAGAUUUAUUAAUAAAAGUUGCAAUGAUCUGUA